UAACUCUUUCUAAUUCUCUCUAGAAGAUCCAACAGAUCACGGGUUCCUUUUUGCCUUUGACUCUACGUGAUCUUGCUGCAGUUUAACUCCUUAAAAUCUGCUCUUCUUGGGUGGACACAAUUGUUUUUAAAUAGGACUGUUUGUUUUUUCCUGCUUUAGUUGCACUUGUCAGUAACUGCAAAAUGGUAGCUUCACGUGGUUGGUUUCUAGGGCUUUUCAUUGUCCUGUUUAGCAGUGGAGCGUUUAAGGAUUCUGUGCAGGCUGAAGAAGGGCUGCAAACUGAGGAAGCUAAGGAACUGUGGGGUUUGGACAUUACUGAAGUUAAGGAAGAGGAUGCAGCUGAUGAUGAGGAGGUUGGAAACACGUCUGAGGAAGCCGCUGAUGACACAGGAGAGGAUGAAGGAGGAGAUGUGGAGGCAGAGGAAGAGGAUGAUGGAGAGGAAUGGGAAGCUCCUGCUGGUGACGUAGAGGUAGGGGUGUCUGGGGAAAUGAAAGAGGUGGAGGAAAAUACUGAAGACGAAGAACAGGAGGAGGAAGUAGCAGAGAAUGAGGAGGAAACUGAAGGAGCCACAGAUGAAGAGGAGGACGAGGAGGACGUAGCAGAGAAUGAGGAGGAAACUAAAGGAGCCACAGAUGAAGAGGAGGAUGAGGAGGAUGUAGCAGAGAAUGAGGAGGAAACUGAAGGAGCCACAGAUGAAGAGGAAGAUGAGGAGGACGUAGCAGAGAAUGAGGAGGAAACUGAAGGAGACACAGAUGAAGAGGAGGAUGAGGAGGAAGUAGCAGAGAAUGAUGAGGAAACAGAAGGAGCCUCAAAUGAAGAGGAGGAGAAAGCAGCAGAGGAGGUGGUGGAGAGAGCACCAGUUGAGGAAGAGGAAGAGGUAGAAGUGUUUGCUGCUGAUGAGGAUGAAGAUAAUGUGGAUUCUGAUGAGGAAGAUGAGGAAGAAGAACAAUCAGAGGGUGUUGAAGGACUAGUUGAGGAAAAACAGGAGGCUAGAGAGACUGAGAAAGAUGAAGAUUCUGUAAAUGUUACCACUGGGGAUGACAUUGAAGAAGAUGCUGAGGAGGUAAAUGUAGAGGAGGAAGAAGUGCCCCCCACAGAAGAUGCAGAGUACAGUUCAGGCUCUUUCUGUAACCUUUGCUCGGUCUGUGAGCACUGUGGUAUCUGUGAUAAAUGUCCCUGUGAGGAGGGAGACGCAUCAGUUCACUGCAAACACUGUGAACAUUGUUCCUACUGCUACGUUUGUCCUGUUAUCUGUGAGACAGUCUGCCAGCCAGGAGGGAUUAUUGACAUAGUGAGCGGUUCUCUCUACCAGACUGUGAGCACAUUACUCUGAAUACUCUUCUCUUGUGCUGAACAGCGGAACGACAGACUAGCAGUCAAUCCAUACACUUGUAGGCCUAUUGGAAGUUCGGUUAGCAAGAUCUAGGAAUGUUUGCUUUGUGUCCAACUAUGGGAGCAAAUUUGGACAACCUAAUCCUAGAUAUAACUGGGGAACUUACUCCCAGGACUUUAAUGUUUACCAUUAACAGGCACAUAAUGGUGACUUUACAGACUGCAUUAAAUAAAUAAAAGCAAAUCCUGAAGAUUCAGUGCAAAGGUUCUUAUAUAAGACUACAUUAGUAAUUAUUGUCAUUUAUAAUAGAUAUCUAUGUUUACAGACCAACGAUAUGAAACAACAAUAUAGAAAUAUUGAAAAAAUAAACAUUCAGAUCAAUCCUAAUUGUAAAGAAUUUGUGUCAGUGCUGUCUGUAACUGUAUACUCAUACUGGUUUCAGAUUAAGCAAUUCAAAUAAAUAAAUGGGUAUAAUUUGUAAGUGUGUGUU